AUAAAAUAAAUAUAUUAAGGUUGAAAAACAAGGUUUGUUACAGCAAUAAUGGCUUCUUAUUCUCAUAUUUUCUUAGCCACCAUUGUUGUUAUUGCAUUUUUGGGUAUUGUGUCUGCUGUUGACAUUAGUGUACAUGUACCAUUAGUAACCCGGGAAAACACCGAUGUUAUUCGGGUUCGAGGCACCAUCUUCUGCGUUAAGGGGAAUGAAUGGAAUAAAUGGAUUCCGUUGAAAGGGCAAAUAGCAGACGUGUACUGCCCCUUGUUCGAAACUACGUCAACAACGACGGAUGAAAAUGGUUUCUUCAUCGUCGAAUUGCCGGCUAACCGUUUCGACAACGACUGCAGAGUGUACCUUGAUACAUUCGGCCAUGGCGAAGAAGACUGCAUUUACCGAACUAAUGUCAACGAAGGCAUAUCUGGUGCUCCUAUAGUUAAAUCUGAUGAGAAUGGCAUUUACCAAGUUGGACCUUUCGUCUACAGAACCACUCCUGCAGAAGUUUAAUGUCUUUUACGUGACAAGGGCUGUGGACUCGUGCAAUUGCAACGUAACGGGAUUUGAAAGUGGAAUUGAUCGUGCGUGACUUUGAACUCCUUUCAAUGAUCUAUUCAAUCUAUGUAUCGAGAUAGAUUAAUAAUUACUACUACAUAUAAUUGUGUGUUUUCAAUUGCACUUUAUUUGUCUCUGAAAUGUAUUUUAUUUUGCUCUUCUAUUAGGGAUGAUGCUUAGUUCAUCAAAGUGUCAUAUGAGAUUGUGAGUUGAGAGAAAGGGUGGGUAAUUUUUAUACCCUCUAUUUUUGUCAAUUGAUGGAGAUUAUAAAAUUUACUAUAAUUUUUUUUAA